AUGGAGUGGCAGGUCCUGAUUCUUAUUCUUUGCCUCAGCACAUUUCCCUCAGUCUCUGCAGAUUGCCCGGCCCAGUGCUCCAUGUGUGCUGUGCAAACUCAAAACCUGGACCAGCACAUCAACCCACUGACGUGUUUCCUGGAGUGUCAGACCAUCCUGCCGUCUAACACGGAAUGGGAGAAGUGUAAGAGCUUUCUGUCGCUAUUCACUCCUUUUAUGCUGGGCCUUCGUGGGAAAGGAGAGGUUGGAGACAUGUCGGUGGCCUCUGAAGAACUAUAUGCUGAGCAGUCUAAGCCUUACCCAGAGCUCACCAAGACCAUGGAGAAGUUUGCCAACGUCCUGAUGCGGGAGAACGCCCACGGCAGAGGCCCGAGCCACAGAUACGGGGCACUCCUCCCCAGGCUCGGUGAACGGGCUGGGUCCGAGAUGAUGGAAGAUGCGCAGCAGUACCACAGAGCCUUGGAGAGCGGAGAGCUGGGCUAUCCUAGCGAGGACGCGGCAGCCGCUUCGGCUGCAACCCCAAAGGAUGAGAUGAAACGCUACGGGGGCUUCCUGCGCAAGUAUCCCAAGAGGAGCUUCGAGGUGGCCGGGGCCGGUGACGGCCAGGAGCAGGAAGACUUGCACAAGCGCUACGGGGGCUUCAUGCGAAGGAUCCGCCCCAAGCUCAAGUGGGACAAUCAGAAGAGGUACGGAGGCUUCCUUCGGCGGCAGUUCAAAGUGGUGACGCGAUCCGAGGAAGACCCCAAUGCCUACUCAGGGGAGGUCUCUGGCCUAUAG